GAUACAAGAAGCAGUAGUGCACCCGGAAGUAAUCGCGUCUUUCAAUGCUGGAUACCGCAUAAAUUGAACUUGUGAAUGUACGACUUUAUAUGGGUUUUAUGUACCGGGUCGAAGAAGCAUUUAAUAAAGGACUAUACAUUUUGUAGGUGGCAGAGGCCUUAGAGACAUGGUGGGCUAUGACCCCAGGGCACAGAGGGCGCCACUUACUACAAAGGAAGCAGCCCUGGCUGGCUCAGCUGCUGGAAUAGUCACCCGGGCUGUCGUCAGCCCAUUUGACGUCAUUAAAAUACGAUUUCAGCUGCAGAUUGAGAGUCUUUCCUCUGCAAGGCCAUCGGGAAAGUACUGGGGAUUAUUUCAGGCUUCACGUUGCAUUCACACAGAGGAGGGAGUCUCUGCUUUCUGGAAGGGACACAUCCCUGCACAGCUACUUUCUAUUUGUUAUGGUGCAGUCCAGUUUGCCAGCUUUGAGUGUCUGACUAAGGUGGUCCAUGACAUGACGGCCUUCGACAGCCAGGCAUCCGGGAUGCACUUCAUGUGUGGAGGCUUGGCCGCCUGCUCCGCUACUGUGGUGUGUCAGCCUCUGGACACGCUGCGCACACGCUUUGCAGCUCAGGGCGAGCCUAAGAUGUACAAGAACCUGCCACAUGCAGUGUCUAAAAUGUGGCGCACAGAAGGAGCGCUGACAUUCUACCGCGGCCUUUCACCUACACUCAUUGCUGUAUUUCCUUACGCUGGAUUGCAGUUCUUCUUCUACAACAUUUUUAAAAGAAUUCUGACUCCGCCUCCUUUCGCUGGGACAUCUGGAGAAAACAUGAGGAGUCUGAUCUGUGGCAGUGGAGCUGGAGUGAUUAGCAAAACUAUCACGUAUCCAUUUGACCUCUUCAAGAAAAGACUGCAGGUUGGAGGUUUUGAGGAGGCCCGAGUACAAUUUGGGCAGGUGCGGCGCUAUCGAGGCCUGGCGGACUGUGUGGUCCAGAUCACCAAAGAGGAGGGCGUUCGAGGCUACUUUAAAGGCCUCUCUCCCAGCCUGCUGAAGGCGGCGCUGUCAACCGGUUUCACUUUUUUUUGGUAUGAGUUUUUCCUCAACGUACUGUGUGACCUCAAGGAGAGCCAAAGAGUGAACAACAAAAGAUAACAAAGGGACACAGGAAGUGGUCGCUAGGUGCUUUAUAUUGUGUUUACAUACAUGUAAUGGGGUUUGGGUUUUUUUUUUGACUGAUGAAAACAUUAUUUAUCAUGAUGGGUUGUUACCUUUCGUCAAGCAUGUAGGUUGUGUUUUUACCAGGUGUUUAUCUGUUAUGAGUGGAUUUGGAUGACAUUUUAAUCCAAGAGCUAAUUAAAUUUUGGAGAGGACCAUUUCUCCACAUAACUCCACAAGAAAUGGGUCAGAGCACUUAAACAGAACACGUUUACAGAAGGUUCUAUAAACUAUCAAAGACUGAUCUAUCAAAGACUUGUGGGAUUAUUUUGGUGUGUCAUUUGCACAUUUUAACCUUUUGCCUCGUCAUUAUCAAUAAACUGUGUGAUAUUUAUCAGGUCUGAGAAGUGUUGAAUAAGCAUUUUGUUAUUAAAGUU